UAUCCAUUAUGAUGUUGACAAUAAAGGCCUUAUCUCCAGUAGAUAUGCUCAUAUGAGAAGACCCACUCCAAGCACUUUUUAAGUAUCUCCCCUUCAUUGAACCAGCAUGGCAGGGUUCAAGCGAGGCUAUGAUGGAAAAAUUGCUGGAUUGUAUGAUCUGGAUAAAACCUCGGGUCGAGGUCACUUCGCAGUGGUCAAACUGGCCAGGCAUGUCUUCACAGGUGAGAAGGUGGCAGUGAAAGUCAUUGACAAGACGAAGCUGGACACUCAAGCCACUGGUCACCUCUUCCAGGAAGUCAGGUUCAUGAAGCUAGUGCAGCACCCCAACAUCGUGCGUCUCUAUGAGGUCAUAGACACCCAGACCAAACUGUAUUUCAUUCUAGAACUUGGAGAUGGAGGAGAUAUGUUUGAUUACAUAAUGAAGCACGAGGAGGGUCUUAAUGAAGACUUGGGCAAGAAGUACUUUGCUCAGAUAUUUCAUGCUAUAUUCUAUUGCCAUAAACUCCAUGUGGUUCACAGAGACUUGAAACCAGAGAAUGUAGUUUUUGAAAAACAAGGUCUUGUGAAGUUGACAGACUUUGGCUUCAGCAACAAGUUUCAGCCUGGAAAGAAGCUCACUACAAGCUGUGGGUCUCUUGCAUACUCUGCUCCGGAAAUCCUGCUUGGCAAUGAGUACGAUGCCCCUGCAGGCCUAAUCACACGGAUGCUGCAGAGAGACCCCAAAAGGAGAGCCUGUCUGGAAGAGAUUGAAAGCCACCCUUGGCUCCAGGGAGUGGACCCCUCACCAGCCACCAAGUAUAACAUUCCCCUCGUGUCCUACAAGAACCUCUCGGAAGAGGAGCACAAUAGCAUCAUCCAGCGCAUGGUGCUUGGGGACAUCGCAGACCAAGACGCCAUCAUAGAAGCCCUGGAAACCAACAGGUACAACCACAUCACCGCCACUUACUUCUUACUUGCUGAAAGGAUCCUGCGAGAAAAGCAGGAGAAAGAAAUACAGACCAGGUCUGCGAGCCCCAGCAACAUCAAGGCCCAGUUCAGGCAGUCAUGGCCAACUAAAAUUGAUGUACCCCAAGACCUUGAAGAUGAUCUCACUGCUACCCCUCUGUCACAUGCCACAGUCCCGCAGUCUCCUGCUCGGGCUGGUGACAGUGUCCUCAAUGGCCACAGGAGCAAAGGCCUGUGUGACCCAGCCAAGAAAGAUGAGCUCCCGGAGCUGGCGGGGACAGCACUGUCCACUGUUCCACCCACAAGCCUGAAGCCUGCAGCCAGUGGUCGGAAGUGUCUCUUCAGGGUGGAAGAAGAUGAGGAGGAAGAUGAGGAGAACAAGAAGCCUGUGUCCCUGUCCACGAAGGUGGUGCUGCGCCAGAAGCCAUCAGUCACCAACUGCCUGACAUCUCGAAAGAGUGCCCUGGUGCUCAACCAGAUCUUCGAGGAGGGUGAGUCUGACAACAAGUUUGACAUGGACGAGAACCUACCACCCAAGCUGAGCCGGCUGAAGAUGAACAUCGCGUCACCAGGCACAGUGCACAAGUGCUACCACCGCAGGAAAAGCCAGGGCCGUGGCUCGAGCUGCAGCAGCUCUGAGACCAGCGAUGAUGACUCUGAGAGCCGCCGGCGGCUGGACAAGGACAGUGGCUUGGCUUACUCGUGGCACCAGCUUGACAGCAGUGAUGGGACACCAGGCAGUGAGGGCAAUGGUGGCUGUCAGAGCAAACCUAGCGGCGGUGGUGGUGUGGACAAGGCCAGUCCAGGAGGGCAGGGCACGGGCGGCAGUGGCCAGGGAGGCUCAGGUGGGACCCCAUUGGGUACAGCAGGUUCCUCCAGGUGCUGUGCAGGCCCUGACUCCUCCUCAUCCUGCCCCGCCUCUGCCGCUCCACGUGGUGCAGAGCUUGUGCAGAGCCUCAAACUCGUGAGUCUGUGUCUAGGCUCGCAGCUCCAAGGCGCCAAGUACAUUCUGGACCCGCAGAAGGCCUUGUUGUCCAGCGUGAAGGUGCAGGAGAGGUCCACUUGGAAGAUGUGCAUCAGUGCCCCAGGCCCAGGCCCCUCCGCUGACCUUGACCCUGUGAGGACCAAGAAGCUGAGGAACAACGUGCUCCAGCUACCUCUGUGCGAGAAGACCAUCUCCGUGAACAUCCAGCGCAGCCGCAAGGAAGGGCUGCUCUGGGCCUCCAGUCCCCCCAGCUGCUGCCACGUCAUCUGAGCUGUAGCGUGCUCACUUCAUCUGUUCUGACGUGACAAUGCAUGGUCUUUGUGCAUGCUGCUACACGCUACUUUUCUUUUCCAGCCGAAAAGUCUACUGUGUGAUUUUACAUUCAUGAUUUUCAGUGUGGAUGACCAGGAU